UGUAAAAAUAAAAUGAAACAAACUACAUAUAUUUAAUGUCCGGAAUAAAACAUAUUGACAUUCAGCAACUAAUCCACCACAACGCUGCUGUAAUGCUCUUUCUGUAAACUAAAUGUGCAUAACUCAAAAUUGCUUACCCAUCGAAAAUGUGUUCUAAACGGUGCAAACAUUCCUUUAAAGAUCGAAUGCCCACUUGUGGCAUAGAGCGCAAAACACAUGAAUGUCCAAUACCAUUACCUGCGUGCAUAUUACAGAAAGAUGACGCUGUUGACUGCGAUAAGUGCAGGCCACCGAAUAGUGCACACGAGCAUAUAUGCUUGUGCAAACCAGAUCAGACGGGGUCUAAACUUUCAAGUCAACAUGAAUCAGAAUUUCAGUCGCCACAACAACAAAGUAGCGUAGAAUUUCAGCAAUCAACAGAAAAUACAAAUAAUGAGCCCCUUAACGGAACUAGCAGUCAUGAAAAUACAAACAAUCUGCAGCCUACUAUAAGUUAUAAGAAGCAAGAGAAGGUUUCUCCAACACAUAUAAGAUACAUGGACGAAUGGGAGGCAAUGGGCGUUAUGUUGGCAACAAAUGGUCGUGUUUGGGGUUUAGAAGAUAAGGGAUUUGCACGACAAUACAAGGCGGCAUUAAGCGCGGUAAAUACUAAAUUUGAAGAGGAAGCUGCCAAUAUGGCUGGACGUUCAACUUAUUAAUGCCCAUCAUAGUAAUAUAUUAUUGAAUUGAAUAAUUUACCUGACAAUGUAAACAUUAAUAUAGCCAAUAUUUAGUAAUCCUUUGGAAUCUACCAUUUAAAGUAUAAAAAAAUAUAAAAAUAGCAAA